AUAUACAUAUAUAUAUAUAUAUAUAUAUACAUAUUCGUAUACAUAUUUAUAUAUACAUAUAUAUAGAAUAUAAUAAACGAAACAUUAAACAACAAUACAUACAGAAUACAUCGAGCCAAUGAAAAUGGCGCGUGCACUGUUUUGCAUGGCCAUUGCGUGCAUCUUUAUCCAGUCCGUCAUUACUGCGAAGUUAGAUGCACAAAACCGUCGUCUAAUUCUCGACAUAAAAGAUCAGAAAACCACCAAUAAACAAUAUUACUCUUCUAAUUUUGAUACAAGUAAGUAAACGUUUCUAAUUUGUACGUUGGCCUCACAUUCUAGCCAUUUAUACUUACAUAUUUACAUACUUACAUACGUACAAUUUUGUGGUAUUAAGUUUUCUCUUCUCACUUAGCAAUUGCUCCACAUAUAGGUAUCUAUGAUUAACUUAUCUUCCUCCAUACUUUCAAUUUAGUUCUCUCAACUUUACGCUUAAUUUUACUUUUUUUCCAUAUAUAUCUAAAAUAUUUUCUUACCUUUCUAAAUUACUUUUACUGUUGCUCACCAUGAGAUCACAUUGAAAGACCUACUAGUUUUAUGUGUUCAUAUAUGUAACAAUUAGCCGCAUUCUUGUCCUUGAUUUUGUAUUUUGUUUUUUUUUUUUUUUUUUUUGUAAAUUUUAUUUAUAACAAUAACUUCUCCUUUUGGUUCUCUUUAAUGCAAGAAAAUUAAAAAAAAAAAAAUAAAAAAAAAAAAAAAAAAAAAGAAACUAACUUAACUCUUUCCCGUAGUCGUAGCAAAAUAAAAAUCAUAUAAAAACAUGCUGUAAAUGCUGCAAUUAUUCGUACAUAAUAAUAAGUAAGGCCUUGUGCAACUAUACUCAAAGCCGCAUAUAUGCAUACAUGCUCGUAUAUUUGCUCUGUGUAAAUGUAUAGUAUUUUGUGUUUUUUGUGAAAGAAUAAUAAUCUUUACUGUGAACAAUAAAUGCGUAAUUUAUCGUAUAUGUCUUUUAUAAACAAAGUUAAACGAAGGAAAUGUAAAGAUACAUAAUUUAUCUCGAUUGAACGAAUAUAUAUAUAUGUAUCAUUUAGCUUCUAAAUGUAAUCGUAAAAAUGUACAGCUUUAUGAAAUCGUACCAAGAAAGAGAGUUAUAGUCGAACGAGCUCGAAUCCGUGUAUACCCACUACUAAUAUGUCAGUUUUGCAGUGAACAAUCUCUAAGAAGGUUUAGUGUGGGGGGACUCACGUUUACUUAAAUAUUUAUACAAAAUAAAUAAUAGUUUUUUUUUUUGUUUUCUUUUCGGAACACUAAUAAACACACUAUUGUCAUUUUGUACUACGUAUAUUAUAAAAAUUGUGCCAAUUAUGCAUAUGUUUAUGAGUUCUUUUCCGAGAAUUUGGCAUCAUUGGUCGAAGUACGUUUUUUGGCUAAACGUCUUGAUGUGUGCCGUUCUGACAAGUGAAACUCUUUGUAUGGAGUUUCAAGGUAGGCAAGCUAAUGAACUAUUGGACGUAGCACAGUCCGUUGUACUUCUGUUCAUAUGCUACUUCAAAACAAUGACCAGUUUUCAUUCAAUAAUCUUAAUGAUAAUUAAUUGUCCAAAUGUCUUGCAAAGACUUGAAAAUAAAAUGGGAAUAAAUUGCCGAUCAAAGUGUCAUCUUUGGUACUAUUUUUUUCAAAAUGUAUGCAGAAAAAGCUUUAGCUCAGCUCCAAUUAUACCAUAUGAAGAAAUUGUAAAAACAUCAUAGCCGGGCAAGGCCGCCUAAUAUAAUUUUUCAUUCAUUUUCAAAUCAACCAAAAAUUGUUCCUUGUUUUCAUAUAAAUAAAAACUUAAUUAUCAUCGGAGUGCUCAUAUGAAUGGAAACCAAGACAGAUGUUGUUCAUCUAAACGACUACUUUCCGUGGGGACCAUAUAUGGGGCACGACCAAAAAAAAUGGAUCUGUUUGGUGCAAAUUUUGUGCAGCGAAUUUUAAUGUUAAAUCACUGUUAAGGACCAUUUCUCAACAUACAAGAGAAAAAAGUUAGACCUUCUAGUUCUAAGGGCUUACUUUCCGUAGGGACGGCUGUGGACUGUCAGCUACAAAUUUUCUAAAACAGUUAAGUAUGCUGAAACAGUUUUAUUCAGCGAUUUUUGCCAAAAAAUGUUAACAAUUGCGAAUUUGUUUAUAUAACGACCUUUUCCCGAUUCCGGCAUCAUAUGGGUAGUGGUCGUAAAAGUGAACCGAUGCAGUUAAUUUCUAACAGGGUUUGUCCUUGCUCUAAAAAAAAAGUCAGCGCACCAAAUGCCAUCAAAAUGUCUCUGAAUUUGCAACCAAUAAAGUGAACAAAAUUAUACAUGGGCCAAUGCCAACGGGCAGAUAAACAAACAAGUUUGUAUAUGAUUAGAAUAUAAUUCCGAGUCCAACCCUACGAUAACAGUUGAUCGUAUCUUAAGUUUUUCUGGAUGGUACUUAUAUCCAUACAAACGUUGCGUAUCAUUGCAACUGUUUCUAUACAAGUUUAUGUGAAAGCGUCAGCGUUUUGAGACGUUGAGGAGGAAAUUGUUAUGAUAUCUGUUGGUAGGUACUACCUAUGAAGGAAUGAAAAAAAUUUGCGCUAUCUAGUGGUGGGUAAACAAAAUAGUAUACUAUUGUUUAUAUACGGCAUUAGUAAAAUCGGUCUUUUACUAUACAUCUAUACAUACACAAAUAUAAAUUGUAUAUAAAAAUUAAAGAAGAAAAAAAAAGAAAAAGAAAAUACGGAAUUGAAUUUUUUCCAACUUGUAAAUAUUAUCAGACAACGAGGCUCAAUUUAAUAUACGUAUUUUUAUAUGUCGUGUCAAAGGAUGUGUCGCAUAAGAAAAGCUUUGCUUUCUCAUUCUAUUCACCACUGCUCUGUUACUGAACUGCUAAAUACAAUAUAACUAAACCUUAACUUGCCAAUUCUUGCCCUGUCUGUAUUGCCUUAUGAUUAUUCGAUAUAUCUUUGUUAAUUAAAGGAGUCUUUAGGUUAUAAAAUGGAAAUUUUUCAUUUACUCGCGAAAAAAAAAAUUGUCUUCUAUUUUAAUAAGGUCCAUAUUUCUUUCGUAUUUUAUUCACUUAAAAUUUUCAAUCGCGCAGCAGAGCAUACUUUAUAAAAGCUCGUUUAUCCAUUAUCUGAUCAAAUUCAGUUUAGUAAAGUCCGAAAAAAAUCCGUUUAGGCAGUGCUUAGAUUUAUUAAUUGACUGAAAGUGAAAACUGAAGACGAGUAUUUAUUGUUUACGAAAUAAAGAGAGAGACUUACAACAAUAAAUAUUCCCUAUGAAAUUUUCCUGUGGAUUGUACAGACGCAUACCGUUACGGUUAUGAUAUCGGUAAAACUGGUAAUUUCCACCACGAAACACGUGGGCCUG